UGAGUCCAACCUAAAAUCUCAAAACAAGACACAAUUAGCCUCUUUCGACCACCAGUUCCUCAUCCAUCCCUGGGCUCCUCUGCUUCCAAGUUGUCCCUUCCUUCAUCAUUCAUUCCUUCCAUAAAUUUCUCAUUCAUGGUUCAUCUCCCAAACACCCCUACACGAGAGAGAGAAAUCAAACUUAGCUUUCUCUCAAUAAUGGAUAUUUGGUCAUGGAUAUGCGAGCUCCCCAACCUGGACGACUGGUCCGAAUCACCUGUAUUCGAACUCGUCAGUUCAGGCCAAGCUGAUCAGGACGGCUCCACUCAGUCCGUCCAUUUAAGAGCUGACCGGACUUCUGGGUCGGAAUCUGAAGCUGCCGUGAUUUUCACUGUUUGCUUGCAGGGGUUUCCCCCGCUCAACGCUGAAAAACCUCUCUGGGUCUCUGAGAAAUGUCACGUUUCUAGAGAAAACCCAUUCCUUCCUCUGAUUGUACAGCUUGUUCAAGAGAUCAUAGCACUCUCCCCCAACGCGCCAAACAGUACGUGCCCAAGGGCACAGCUCCAGAAGCUCAAACCCGAGCCUAUCGCGUGGGUCAUGGACUCUCACUCGCUCGAAUCCUUCUCCACCUUCUUCAACCUCGUCUUCAUCUUACGCCUCUUCUGGCUCUGCGCCUGCGACGCCCCCAACGAAGCUGGCUCUCUCUAUUUUCAAUCAUUACUACCUUCGGCGCUCGAAAUCGUCUCAUCGAGCCCGUUGCCGGUUCUGCGAACUUUCUUAGUCACCGUUGGUAUAGACACGGAGUUAUGCUUCAUGCGCACCCUCGGGUACGUAGUGGCAAAAUUGUGCAUUUUCAGAGAGCUAGGCGUAGGAUUACAGGUGUUGGUUCCGCCGCCAUGUCGGAGCCCGGGAUUUUCAUACUCCACGGAGGCUCACGGCGUUUGGGCUCUGAAGGGCUAUGCUUCGAUGAUGACUAUGAUGAAAGUGGCGAGUUCCGAUGGUUUGAAACCUCAAAUUCCUCGUCUUGAUGCUAAGGAGUCAGUAUUAAAGUACGCUCUUGCCCACCAGCAACUUGAGGCCCUCGUCCAGUUAGAAUACUCCGUCGCUUUCAACGAUGGGUUCAUUCAGGUUCUUGCACGCAUCGACAACAUACGUCUUCACGUGGCGAAGCUCGGGUUCAAGAACCAAAACGACGAGGCGGAGUACGGCGAGGAGAAGCACUUCCCGUCAAGAGUUCGAAUCUGGGUCGGCCCGGAAGUCGGAGCAACAUACGUGGGCGGGUUGAGCUUGAGCCGAUCAACAGGGAACGCGGAGAAAGAAGUGGAGAUACAGAAAAUCGUGAAGGGACAUUUCCAGAACCUAAAACUUUCCAAGGGAAAAGCGGUGGCCAGGACAUCUACGAAGACGAAGAUGAAGAACUGGAGGAUGGACCAAGAAGCGGAGGGGAACGGGGCAAUAUUCGAUGCCGUUCUGUACGACAACGCGACAGGUCAGGAGGUGGCAACGGGGAGGCCGUACGGGGAAACAAGUGAUGACCCGAUUCAUGGGUUGAGGAGGAGGUACGUGGGAGCGAAUAGACCGUUUACAAAAACCGGGUCGGUGGUGCUCGCGGGGGACGAGUAUGGAGAAGAAGUAGGGUGGAAGCUGAGCAAAGAGAUGGAAGGGAGUGUGCUGAAGUGGAGGAUAGGAGGGGAAUUUUGGGUAAGUUAUUGGCCAAAUCAGGCAAAGACAUCAUUUUUUGAGACGAGGUACGUGGAAUGGUGCGACGAGGUUGAUUUGCCUCUUAUUCCUGGCAAAAUGAUCGUAUGAUGGAACACACGACGGUGAAGAAUUUAUGUAAAUAUCCCAUGAACUCUACAAAGAUUAUUAAUCAAUUAGCUUCUUGAUGCUAGAUAGAUGUGGGUUAAUUAGAUUGCAAUGUCAGGCGUAAUGUAGUAAUCCACAUAUGCACUACUCAAAUGCUUCAUAUCUCCGAAUUAUAUAUAGAAGAUAUAUGAUAUGAAAAGAAUUCUAAAAUAAUUUUAUUUAUCAAAUCACUAA